AUGUGCAAAAGUAAUUUACAUACAUUAAGGUUUACAAAUAGUCUAGAGGAUGUAUCUAAUGAAGAUCUAAAGGAUUUUUUGGGAUCAAUAGACACAUUAACCGAGUUAAAGCUUAUGAAAUCAAAUGGUCUGGUAAUUUCGAAAGAAAUGUUACCCAAAAAUGAUUGA